GGGCGGUGCUAAAGUGGGCGGGGCCAAACCCAUCCAGGCUCCGUCACAAGCAGCUAACGAGGAGCUAAUUAGCAUACCGGCUGCUAAUUACCCGCAGGGGUCGCGGCGGAAGCGGGAGCGGCGCAAGGAGGGGCGGCGGCCGCGGGGGGCGGAGCCUGAGCCCGAGGAGGCGGAGCUUAGCCGGCGCCUGCAGGCCCUGGCGGCCGCGGCCGACGAGGAGGAGGAGGAGGAGGAGGAGGAAGCUCCGGCGGCGAGGAGGGGAGGCAGGAGGGGAAAGGGUGGAAAUGUUUUUGCUGCGCUGAACCAGGAGCAGAGCGAGGAAGAGGAGGAGGAGGAGGAGGAAGAGAAGGAGAAAAAAGCAGCCAAGGGCAAAAGCAGCAAGGAGGAAGAGGAGGCUGAGAAGAAGAAGAAGAAAAACCUGAAAAAGGAGAAGCCCAAGGGGAAGAAGCAGGGAAGGCCCCCCAGCGAUGAUGAGGACGAGGCCGAAGGCUCCGAGGAGGCCCCGGGCAGGAAGGGUGGAAAUGUUUUUGCUGCGCUGAACCAGGAGCAGAGCGAGGAAGAGGAGGAGGAGGAGGAGGAAGAGAAGGAGAAAAAAGCAGCCAAGGGCAAAAGCAGCAAGGAGGAAGAGGAGGCUGAGAAGAAGAAGAAGAAAAACCUGAAAAAGGAGAAGCCCAAGGGGAAGAAGCAGGGAAGGCCCCCCAGCGAUGAUGAGGACGAGGCCGAAGGCUCCGAGGAGGCCCCGGGCAGGAAGAACAAAUUCGGGGCCCUGAGGGAUGAGGAAGAGGAGGAGGAAGAGGAGGAGGAAGGAGCCCGGAAGGGAAGCGAGAACGAGGACGAGGAGGGGGCGGGGCCGCGGGCGGGGCCGGACGCGCGCCUCAGCAAGAAGGAGAAGAAGAAAAUGAAGAAGCAGGCGGAGUUUGAGCGGCAGGUGGCGUCGCUGCGCGCGGCGGCCAUGACGGGCGAGGGCGACUUCGCGGUGUCGCAGGCCGAGCUCUCCUCGCGCCAGGCCAUGCUGGAGAACGCCUCCGACAUCAAGCUGGAGAAGUUCAGCAUCUCGGCGCACGGCAAGGAUCUCUUCGUCAACGCCGACCUCUUCAUCGUGGCCGGGCGCCGCUACGGCCUCGUGGGGCCCAACGGGUCAGAGCGGGCCGAGAAACGGCGGGUUUUGGCCGAUGACACACCUGCCGUCCAUGCCGUGCUCCGUGCCGACACGAAGCGCCUGCGGCUCCUGGACGAGGAGCGGCGCCUGCAGGCGCUGCUGGAGAGCGGCGACGACGCGGCCGCGGAACGGCUGGAGAAGGUGUACGAGGAGCUGCGCGCCAUCGGCGCCGCCGCCGCCGAGGCCAAAGCGCGGCGGAUCCUGGCGGGGCUGGGCUUCACCCCCGAGAUGCAGAACCGAGCGACCAGGAAGUUCUCGGGGGGAUGGAGGAUGAGAGUGAGUCUGGCCAGGGCCCUGUUCCUGGAGCCGACGCUGCUGAUGUUGGACGAGCCCACGAAUCACCUGGACCUGAACGCCGUCAUCUGGCUCAACAACUACCUGCAGAGCUGGAAGAAGACGCUGCUGGUGGUGUCGCACGACCAGGGCUUCCUGGACGACGUCUGCACCGACAUCAUCCACCUGGACGCCCAGAAACUGCACUACUACCGGGGCAACUACAUGACCUUUAAGAAGAUGUACCAGCAGAAGCAGAAGGAGCUGCUGAAACAAUUCGAGAAACAGGAGAAGAAACUGAGGGACCUCAAAGCCGGGGGGAAAUCCACCAAGCAGGCGGAGAAGCAGACGAAGGAGGCGCUGACCCGCAAGCAGCAGAAGUGCCGGCGCCGGGCGCCCUCCGAGGGCUCGGCCGAGGCCCCGGAGCUGCUGCGGCGCCCCCGGGAAUAUUCCGUGCGCUUCACCUUCCCCAACCCGCCCCCCCUGAGCCCCCCCAUCCUCGGCCUGCACGGGGUGGAUUUUGGCUACGAGGGUCAGGAGCUGCUGUUCCGCAACCUGGACUUCGGCAUCGACAUGGAAUCCCGAGUGUGCAUCGUGGGCCCCAACGGCGUGGGGAAGAGCACCCUGCUGCAGCUGCUCACCGGGGCCCUGACGCCGCUCCGGGGGCAGAUGAGGAGAAACCAUCGGCUGAAGGUGGGGUUCUUUAACCAGCAGGCGGCCGAGCAGCUGCGGCUGGAGGAGACGGCGGCCGAGUUCCUGCAGCGCAGCUUCAACCUGGCGCACCAGGACGCGCGGCGCUGCCUCGGCCGCUUCGGCCUUGAGGGCCACGCCCACACCCUGCAGAUCGCCAAGCUCUCGGGCGGGCAGAAGGCGCGGGUCGUGUUCGCGGAGCUCUCCUGCCGCGAGCCCGACGUGCUCAUCCUGGACGAGCCCACCAACAACCUGGACAUCGAAUCCAUCGACGCCUUGGCCGACGCCAUCAACGAGUACAAAGGAGCGGUGAUCGUGGUGAGCCACGACGCGCGGCUGAUCACCGAGACCAACUGCCAGCUGUGGGUGGUGGAGGAGCAGGGCCUGAGCCAGAUCGACGGCGACUUCGACGAUUACAAACGCGAGGUGCUGGAGGCGCUGGGCGAGGUCGUGGUGCACCGGCCCCGGGAGUGACCCCCGGCGCGACCGCGGUGACCAGAGUGACCCCCGGAGUGACCACAGUGACCACACGAGUGACCGCAGUGACCAGAGUGACCAGAGUGACCAGAGUGACCAGCAGAGUGACCAGCAGAGAGGCCGCAGCUCCCCGCAGUGACCAGCAGGGGGCAAAGGGAGAAAUAAAAGGUGGUGG